ACACGAAUGUCAAAUCUUUUUUCCCAAACUAUGUCGCCUUUAUGGCAGUAACAUCUCUUCUCCGGCGUUUCAAGUCGCCGACAAUAUCGUCUGUUUGGUCUCUAGCGAUAUGGAAGUCAAAUUCUUCUUCCUCCUCUUUCUCGACGCAAUGUUUUGUUCGAAGAACGGCCUCACUCACUAUUCCGACGGAAUCUCCACCGGUUCCGAAGAAGAUCCCAUUCGCGGUCUCAACUCAUGGGAUCACGAGGCAAGAUCCUUACCGUUGGAUGCGUAAUACGGACGACGCAGAUUUCCUCGAGUUCCUCGAGCGUGAGAACUCGUACGCUCAAGCUUUCAUGGCUGACACAGAAACCCUAAGGCGUGAUUUGGUCUCCGAGAUGAAAACCCGCAUGCCUGCAGAGAUUUUCACUCCUCCCGAGCGUUGGGGACCAUGGUUAUAUAGGCAAUACAUACCCAAAGGAAAGGAAUAUCCUCUUCUCUGUAGGAGACUGGAGAAGUUGGGAACGAAUUGGUUCGCUGGUCUAUUCAGUGGAGGACAUGAGGAAGAAGAAGAAGUUGUUCUUGACUGGAAUCAAAUUGCUGAGCAGUAUGGUUAUGUUCACGUUGGUGUUUGUCGGGUUUCACCUGAUCACAACUAUCUGGCGUACACGGUUGAUCCUACAGGAGGUGAACGUUUCCUUCUCCAAAUUAAGGAUCUGAGAAGUGGUCGUUUAGUACCGAGGUUGGAAGUUGAUGGAGUUGUAAGCCUGGCAUGGGCUUUAGAUGGAAUCACCUUGUUUUACACUGUUACAGAUGAGAACCAAAGACCUCACAGGGUUGUUGUUACAAAUGUUGAAUCAGACGAGACAGAUGAUACCGUAGUGUUUUCCGAAAGAGAUUCAAGCUUCUGUGUAGACAUAACAACCACAAAAGAUGGCAAGUUUGUUACUAUCAAUUCGAACUCGAGGACUUCAUCUGAGGUUUAUAUAGUAAAUGCUGAUAAGCCACUGACUGGUAUGCAAAGAGCUCGUGAGCGAGUCCCCGGCGUGCAGUGCUUUCUUGAACAUCACAAUGGGUUCUUUUACAUUCUUACAAAUGCUCCCACAAAUGCAAUCAACGAGUGGUCUGGUGAAGGCUAUUAUUUGACUAGAUGCCUAGUGGAGGAAAUUGAAUCAUCUGAGUGGCAGAUUGUUUUCUACCCAGAUGAUGAUGUUGUGAUACAAGAUAUGGACAUGUUCAAUGACUACCUGGUGCUUUUCCUUACUAAGAAGGGCUUACCUAUGCUAUGUUCAAUUGAUAUGCCCAUGAAAGCAAAUAUAAAGCACAUGGAGGAUCUUAAUCCCUGGCACUUUCCUCUUCCAGCUGAUCCAUGCAGUGUCGCACCGUGUUCAAACCACAACUUUGAAAGCUCAAUAUACCGAGUGGUGCUUACAUCUCCUGUGAUUCCUGACACUAUCAUCGAAUAUAAUGUGUCAAGAAGAUCAUUUUCAAUAGUCCAGCAGGAGGAGGGAAGGGUUAUAGAUAAUUCUGAUAGUAGUAAGCCAUGCUACUCUGCAGAUCACUCUACAGACAAUAGCAGUGACCGCAAUAAUAGAAUUAAUGAGGGACAAAGUGGUCAGUUAGACUCUCAAAAGCCUAAAUGGGAAGACUUAUCUGAUGCAUAUGUUUGUGAAAGACGAGAAGUUUCUUCGCACGAUGGAGUUGAAGUCCCUCUUACAAUUCUGUAUUCACGAGAAUCGUGGAAGAAGAGUGAAUCCCCGGGAAUAUUGAUAGGUUAUGGUGCAUAUGGAGAAGCUUUGGACAAAAGCUGGUGCACAAACCGAUUGAGUAUGCUUGAUCGUGGUUGGGUUAUCGCCUUUGCUGAUGUGAGGGGAGGAGGUGGUGGGGAAUUUUCAUGGCACAAAUCUGGAACAGGAUCGUUGAAACUAAACUCCAUCCAAGAUUUCAUAUACAGUGCCAAUUAUCUAAUCGACAAUGGAUAUGUUCAUAGACAUCAUCUUGCUGCUAUUGGGUACAGCGCAGGAUCUAUUCUUCCAGCUGCAGCCAUGAAUAUGCAUCCGAGUCUAUUUCAAGCUGCAAUUUUAAAGGUUCCUUUUGUAGACGUGUUAAACACAUUAUCGGAUUCAAACUUACCUCUUACACUUUUGGACCAUGAAGAAUUUGGUAAUCCAAACAUCCAAACCGACUUCCGAUCCAUCCUUAGCUAUUCUCCAUAUGAUAACAUACGCAGAGAUGUUUGCUAUCCGUCGAUGCUUGUCACAACUUCGUUUCAUGACUCAAGGGUUGGAGUAUGGGAAGGUGCAAAAUGGGUGGCUAAGAUACGGGAGAGUACAUGCCAUGAUUGCUCACGAGCUGUGAUUCUGAGAACAAAUAUGAACGGAGGCCAUUUUGGUGAAGGUGGUCGUUAUGCUCGAUGCGAAGAGACUGCCUUUGAUUAUGCUUUUCUUAUCAAAGUUAUGUCAUCACAACAGUGAAUAGAUAAAUCAAUCGUCUAUGGUUUUGCUUGAACUGAUUUUAGUAGAAAGUCUUUCACGUAAAGUUACAAAACCAGUUUUAAAGA